AUGCAGGCAUGCUGCAUACACGCUCACAGCAAGACCUUCGUUCACCAGGUGGCCACGAAGGUUUACCUAGCUCCUGACACGCCGAUCUCACAGUGCUUGCCUUACAGCAUCAAGCAUCAGCACCUCUUCUCCGGCAACGUUCCUCAGCCGGCAGAUUGGCUGCGAGCGUGGCGGGCGUGCCGGACAGCAUCUUCUUUCAAAGGUGCCGUGAAAUUCUAUUCCACGGAAGACUUCGCUGCUGGCAGGAACACGAAGCUUGACAGUGUGAGUCUCAAGAACAUGAUUCUUGUUAUGCACUGGGCUGUCAAGAGUGUUCGCAAGCAGCGUCUCGAACAAGCCACCAGCAUCAGCUUGUCCGUGGACGACCGCAAGGAGUAUCGUUUGGUGAGGUACCGUUGCGAUGUUCCACCGCGCACUGCCAAGCAGUCAGCGGCUCCAGGCUCCCAAGGUCCCCAAGGCUCCCAAGGCUCCCAAGGCUCGGAGGAUGGCCCGCUUGUCGCCGAUGGCUUGCUUGGGGUCUACAAGACAGGUGCCAGUGUUCCUGAAAACAAAUUGGAGGAGCACGAUGCGGACAAGAGUCAGGUGAUGGCAGACAGCAUAGGCAUAGUCAUUGACAGGGCCUGUCAGGAUCCGGAAGGCAAAACUGACGAGGAGUCCUGCAGCCGCUUGAAGCUGCACGUGCGGCACUUUGCAGCCGAUCAGUGCACAUCUGCCCGGCAGUGUGGAAGGUUGUUGGUCACUGGCGGCCAGUAUCCUAACCUGGUCUGGGUAAGCCAUGAUCCUGCGCACCAGGUUCGUAUUGCCUACCAGGACCCUCUUCCCGCCAUGCCCGAGUUCCAAGACCAGUGGGAGCGUUUGUUUGCUCCCGGCAAGGGCAAGCAUGCGCUUAUCCCGGACAUCCAGAACUCAGAAGUCUGGAAGGCCAGGCUCAUGGCGGCCCAGCAAGAGGUUCUCAGGCUCCAUGGCUCCCAGUCUGGUGUGGAGAAGGUGAUCCGAGCGUUGUCGUUCUCCCAACCUCGGUUUGACUCGUCGGCCACACCAAUGCUGAAGUACUUGUGCAUGAUUCGUGCGAUGGCGGGCUUAUGUGCUAUGCAGGCUGCUGACGAGAGAAACACGGUCGAGAUUCGCUCCCGAGCAGAGCGCGCCCUGCAAAACAUGAAUGCAGCAGCCCUCAUGCGCUGUGGACUCACUUGCGACUACACAUCUGAGUGCCUGGGUUUCUUGCGCAGGAACUUUGACAUUGAGGAUCCAGAUGUAUCCUGCACCCCCAGAGUGCUGGAAGAGUUCACCAAGCGCCAGCGGUUCUUAUUUGUGGAUGGAUACAUCCUCUCCGACAGCUCGCAGGUUCCCAGUUCCGUGGACGGCUCCGCGGCUCCAGGCUCCCAGGCUCCCAGGAGGUGUGCAACCCAGUUAGUUUACGAGGAGAUCCAGACACCAGAGCCGAUCUUCUAUGGCAACAGAGUCCACUACCUGUGCACGAAGGCCGGCAUUUCUGAUGUAAGGCAGAUCAUGGGAACUAUGGCGCACGUGGUCGAGGCGAUGCUGGAGCGUUUGCGAGUAGAUCUGACGGAGGAUGAGAUCGCCGUGGCUCUGCAGGUAUUCAACCUUCGGCUGUGGCAGGAGACGAACCGACAACAGGAGCUAGUGGACUCUACACGCAAGCUCUGUGAUAUGCUCAAGCUUUCGCACGGGGAGAUUGCGAAGAGUCGCAAUCUUGCUUCAGAGAAAGUCAAGGCACUCGGGCACCCUGGCCUGUCCGACACCUUUUGGACAUUUGCAAAGACUGUCCAGCUGCUCAAGGUCGAAAAAGUCCAGGAUGGUGAGGAACACAACUUGAGGUACAACAACACCUUGUACAACAAGGCCUUACACCAGGCUGCCACAGCAGCUGUUGCAGUGCUGCGGGGUCCAUCCGGUCCCGUGGAGAAGGCUGCCCGGAGAUUGGAGGUGGAAUUUGGGCGGGGCAUCUUGAGCAGUCAGUACUCGAAGUUGAGCAAGCUGUUAUCGCUGACCAACAAGCUCGCAUCUGCUACCAGAAACGCUGUAGACCUGACGGCCUGGAUGAUCGACUCCUUGACGCUGGCCCUGCGCAUGAACAUGGUCACGCCAGCUAAAUGCACCGAGAAGUUUCUGGAUCGAGACCGGAAGACAGGCGAUGCUGGCUUUUGGUUGUCGCGCAUGCUGGUGGUGCAGGUCUUCGAUUAUGCAGCAAAGCUGGCGAACAAGUUGCCUGAGCCGGACAAGGUGAAGCUGACAGGGAUUUUGGCUGAACUCCGUUGCCCUUCCACAUGUUGGGAGAAAUAUCUCUGCCAUGCUGAUGCUGAUCAAGGGGCUGCUGGAGAGGACGACAUGGACGGCGAGGACCCAGAGGACGUGGAGCGCCCUGUUCCGCAGUCCAAGAUUGGAGCUGUUAAAGAGGGUUUCAACAAAGCCAUUGGCAUGCUUUUGGAUUUGCUGCUGGAGCUGAUGUCGGGGAAGUACUACAAGGAUUGCUGCACGCUGGCUUCGAGUGAAGAUGGCCUUGCAAAGGCAUUGACAGCUGCACAGCUUGGAAGCUCGGAUGACACGGAGCACGAGGAGCCAUGUGCGCUUAUCACUCAGAUGAAGAUCAUUGUCGACAAGUUCGCCAACAGCACGAAGUCCGUUGGUGCCACAUCUGCGGCUCCUGCUCCGAGUUUGCUCCAAAGCCUGGCCAAGGCGGUGCAAACGGAACGCCGCAAGUUCGUGUCGUUCUCGGUACCGAACAAGAUCUCGAAGGACUGCCUAGUCAAUGCGUUCAGCGGUUGCGGCAAGGUCUUCACGCACAAGGGCACCUUAAACUCUUCGCACCGCCUGAUCGUUGCCAGUGCGGAUCUCUUGGCAGAGGCUGGUACCGACCCGUGUCUCAAGGGCACUCCGCCAAGCGAGGAAUGGAAAGAGAUCUGUGCCUUUGCCAAAGACAUUUCUGGGCCCGAGGAUUUCGUCGUACUCUUCGACGGCAGAAUGCGGGAAAUUCGCCGCGUGUCCGAAGACCUCCUGCUGAACCAGCAGCACACCGAGGAGUGCACCAUCGUGUACUCAGGUGGGUGCCCGCCGAGAACUGGUCGCACUCGCCGCGUUCCGCUGGCUGCAAAGAAGGUGGAGACAGGAGCGGUUAAGUUCCCGGUCGCACGCACCAAGAUUCAGACGACGAAGAAAGGCUCCUUCACAGUCUGCGGCGAGGCUUCUACGUACCAAAGCACUUACUCAGGCGUGGAGUACCGUGCGGUUUCUGAAAUGCCCCUCGUGUCUGCAGACACCAAGAAGAAGAUCAUUGCUCCGGCAACAACCGGCGACGUCCCGACACCGCCAGAGGACUGGCAGGAUCGCCACGGCUCCGACGUACCCUUGUUCUGGAACGAGUCGAAGCCGAUAGCAUAUUGGAAUGCCAUCAUUGAGGAGUUUUGCGCGGAUGCAGUGUUUGACCUCACGGCUGGCACCGGUGCUCUGAUGGAGGCUUCUUUGACUGCCGGCAUCGCAUACCACGGGCUUUGCAGCCUCAACAAGGAGCACAUGUCGUGGGUCCAGGCGGUUGCUGAUCGCGCAGCUUGCGGAAUGAUGGCUUUGGAGGGAUCCACUCUUUACUCGGACGAUAAUGCCAAGGCGGUGAAGAAGCAUUUCCCGCACGUUCUGGAGAGCUUGUCCAACCAAGACGACCAGGACGAGGCACCUGCUGAGCCAGAUAGUUCCCAGGCUCUGAGGUUCCCUGCUUGGGUUCGACAUGGGCUGGCGAUGGAGGCCUACCAGACGCCUCUGGGGCAAAACCAGUCUCAAGACGGCUUCUCGUCGGAUGCCCCGGGGAGCUUGCGGAAGCAGGCUGUGAAAGACGGCUUGGUCCCCAAGGCUCGAAGGGCCUUCGUCCUCUGGUUCCAGGAAAACUCCGAAGUCAAGAAAGGCGCUCCCAAGCACGAGUUUCUCAAUGAGAUGAAGCAUCUUGGCGCAGUCUGGCAGGGCAUGACCGCCAAGCAGAAGGCACCAUUCAUGGCGAGGAGCAAAGAUGAGUUCAUGGCUCAGCGAAGUGCACUGGCCGUUCUUGGCAUCAGGAUGCGGGGCUCCACGACCAGUGCGGGCGGCCCCGACGAGGCGAAGGACCCCCCUGCCGCUGACGAAUCUGGCGGUCGCGUUGGCCCAUUUGAGCUUAAUUGUGCAAGGGCUCCAAUUGGAGGCGGAGCCUAUGGCAGUGUCUACAGUUGCCAGCAUCCGCAAAGCGGCCUUAACGUGGCGGUGAAGGUUUAUCGUGGCCCCGAUGGCCCCGCGGAUUGCAGGCACGAAGUGGAGCAGAUGAAGCUUCUAAUGAAGGCCGUUCCGCAGCAGAAGAUGAUGUGGUUCCCGCUUCUUGUCAGCUCGGGUGUCACGGGCAGACCUUGGCCAUGGAUGGCUACUAGCCUAUGUGGGCCCAGCCUGGCAACCGCACUUCGAAAUCCUGCGGCGCAUGGCAAGCCGAGGACGUGGUCUGUGGCAGCUCAGCUGAGAAGUGCACUGCAGACCUUGCAUGACGCAGGCAUCCUACACUUGGAUGUGAAACCUGGCAAUGUUCUUUGGUGCCCUUGCACAGAUCAGGUGCAGGUGUGCGACUUCGGCAUGAGUGAGAACAUGGCACGGCUCCAGAAGGCUUCUCAGGCUCCCAGGUUCCUGCAGUAUGUCACGGCUGCCUAUCGACCUCCGGAGCUGUGGCCCGCUCGUGUGCAUGGCGAUGGAGACUGCGGUGUCAGAAAGCAGCUGCUGACUGCAGCUGUGGAUAUGUGGGCCUAUGCUUGCGUGGUGUUUGAGGUGGAGACCGGGAAUCCCUUCAUGCCCAAGGGGGAGGCCGGACUGAGAGCGUGGUGCAAGCAGUGGCCCGAGCUGUGGAAACCACGCAGCGACUUAGCCAAUUGCCCCGCUGCAAGUCACACGUGCUGCACAAAGGUGCUUCGAGCCGGUAAAUGGGGGCUGUUUGUGUUGGUCGGCUGUGCUCCAGACCCCGGAAAGCGGCGGUGGCCUGAGCUCUGUCUGAAUCAGAAAUGA